GCGGGUGGAACUUUUGCUCUGUGGGCUACUUAUUGCGGCGGUCGUUAAUUCUUUUGUCAUUUUUCACUACUCCCUGGACGAUGGCAGAUAAUUCUUGGCACCUCAAAGCAAACAAGGACAAGCUCUACUUAAAUAAAGUGACUGAUCGACAUGAACAUAACCAGAUUAUGGGUUAUAAGGCCUUUAGUAUGUCCACACUUGUGCGGACUAUGCAGCGGAUGGUGGAGAAGAACUGUCGGAGAGCGUGCCAGCUCCUAUGCUGCUCCAUAGACAAUCUAAUGUGCGACAGACUCACCAUAUGUCCAGGUAAAAAAGAGGAGGGCCACACAGAGGAAGUGCCUGUAGCAGCAACGGCAGCCUGGAGUCCACCAUCAACCAUUUUGAUUGUCAACAUCAGCAACUCCACUCUGAUUGAUUGCGUUAUUGGAAAUGAGACCUGCCCUCCCACUGUGGCAGAAAAGCAGCCACUGAUGCAAGGAAAUAUCCACGAUGUGCAUGGUCCAAGCAACUUUAGCCUGCCAAGUAUCCAAAUCAGCAGCUCCAAUCUCAGCUGUGUCAUCAUUGGAGACAACAACUACAUGCAAGUGGAGCAGACUGUGCCAAGUGAAGAAGAAAAUGGGGACGAUCAUGAAAAUGGAAGCUGAACUGGUCAGGAAACAAUACAUACAUUGUGUGUUGUGAAGUUAUUAUUAUUAUUAUUAUUAUUAUUAUUAUUAUUAUUAUUAUUAUUAUUUUAUUUAUUUUUUUGAGUGAUGUUUGAUCGAGUAGAGUGUGAAAACUAUUUAUUUAUUUAUUUGUACAAUAAGGAAAUAUUGCAUUUUUGUCAGGAACUGCUGCAGGUGGCUCACUUUGUUGAGCUGAAGCAAUCAUGUAGCAUAGUACUUGAUUUGUGCAGUCACAGCCCAUGAAAGGGUACAGUAUGUACAAUAUGUAAAAGUUUACAACACUUAAUCACAUUGUUGUGGUGACGAAGACACAUUUUGGCCUAUGGUCAUUUACUGUAAAGUACUAUUAUAUGGUGUAUUUGUAAAGUCCUGUUAUCUUAGUCUUAUAGUGUACAUAAAAACAAUUACCUCAAAGGCUUUUUACCUGGACUAAAAGGAGCAAGUGACUGUCCAUCUGCAGCUGGGUCUGUAGAGGGCACCACAUUUCUCUCUCCUGUCUGUCCCAAAGUUAUUUUUGUACCAGGUGCCAUGAGAUUAACUAAUACUGAAAUAACUGAAAUGUUUCUAUAAAUGAUUUACACUGCAGGAAUGCGUUUAUUACUCAAAUCGGUUGUAUUUCACUUUGUAUUCUUAAGAUACACAAAAUAAUAAAAACAAUUUUUAUAAAUUA